AUGGCACUGGAAAAGCGACUGCUCGCCUCGCCUCCGCCUAUGAUGUUGAGAUCCGAGGCAUCAGCUGGUCCAAUCAAUUCCCAGGUCGCCAAUGCCAUCCACCUACCAUUUGACGGCGCCUCCUUUGAUAGGGCCUACGCCAUCGAGUCCCUGUUGCAUAUGAGUGACAAGCGCACGGCCCUCACCUAG